UUUCAUUUCUUUCUAUGUUCCACGACCCACAAUCCCUCUGCUUCUUCCUUCUUUCUUCUCAACUCAAAGUUCGUUCCUUUCUCUUCAACUACCCAACUUUCCCUCACUUCUUUGGAUAUUUCAACGAAGAAACCCAAAUCAAAAUUCUCCCUUUCCUUUCUCUUAUACUUGUCACUCUUGUAGAAGCUCAGAGAGUUGUGUUUAGAGUUAAGGCAGGGCCUAAUGGGUAACUGCCUAGAUUCUUCAGCCAAAAUUGAUGCAGCUCAAAGCUCCAGCUUUUCUUCUUCUUCAGCAUCAGGAAUCUCAAAAACUAGUCCUUCCAGCCUCUCUAUUCCAUCAUACAGUGAAAAAAGCAAUGCCUCAAGUCUUCCCACACCAAGGUCUGAGGGUGAAAUCUUGUCUUCGCCCAAUCUUAAGUCCUUCACAUUCAAUGAGCUGAAGAAUGCCACCAGAAAUUUUCGUCCUGAUAGUCUUCUUGGUGAAGGGGGAUUUGGUUAUGUUUAUAAGGGAUGGAUUGAUGAACAUACAUUUACAGCUUCAAAACCUGGAUCAGGAAUGGUUGUUGCUGUAAAGAGGCUUAAGCCUGAAGGUUUUCAAGGUCAUAAGGAGUGGCUGACUGAGGUUAACUACCUUGGACAACUGCACCAUCGUAAUCUGGUUAAAUUAAUUGGGUACUGCUCGGAGGGAGAGAACCGGCUAUUGGUCUAUGAGUUUAUGCCCAAAGGGAGCUUAGAAAACCAUCUAUUUAGAAGAGGACCGCAACCACUCUCUUGGUCAGUGAGGAUGAAAGUGGCCAUUGGUGCUGCCAGGGGACUCUCUUUCCUUCAUAAUGCCAAAUCACAAGUCAUAUAUCGUGAUUUUAAAGCUUCUAACAUCCUACUGGAUGCUGAGUUCAAUGCUAAACUCUCUGAUUUUGGCUUAGCUAAGGCGGGUCCGACCGGUGAUAGAACUCAUGUGUCUACUCAAGUCAUGGGUACUCAAGGAUAUGCAGCACCUGAAUAUGUUGCAACUGGUCGGCUUACAGCAAAAAGUGAUGUAUACAGCUUUGGGGUUGUGUUGCUUGAACUUUUAUCUGGAAGACGAGCUGUUGAUAAAACAAUAGCUGGUGUGGACCAGAAUCUGGUGGACUGGGCAAAACCAUAUUUGGGUGAUAAAAGAAGACUAUUCAGGAUUAUGGAUUCCAAGUUGGAGGGACAAUACCCACAAAAAGGAGCAUUCAUGGCUGCUACACUUGCUCUACAAUGCCUUAAUAGUGAAGCCAAGGCAAGGCCUCCAAUGACAGAGGUUUUAGCAACUCUGGAACAGAUAGAAGCCCCCAAAAUUGCAGGCAGAAAUUCCCAUUCAGAACAUCAUAGAGGAGUCCAUACUCCUGUGAGAAAGUCUCCUGCACGAAACCGGUCCCCUUUAAAUCUAACUCCAACUGCAUCACCACUCCCAUCUUACCGGCAAUCUCCUCUUGUGCACUAAGCUGUGAACAAUAAAGCAUGUGUAUGUAAAUCCCUUAUUUUUAUCAGGUUGUGUUUUUGACAUGUGUUGAGGCAUGUACUUAAAUGCAAUUUUGGGUUUAUAUCUAAUAGAUCAGUUAACACCAUUUAUAUAUCUAUAGAUGCUAUAGUAAGUUAUCCG